AUGUCAGGAAGAUUCAUCAGCAGCAACUUGAAUCCAUCCAAUCAACCCAGACAGAACCUGAUAGGCAUCUUUGGCCUUCCCGGAUCUGGAAAGACCCAUAUUCUGAAUCAACUCCGAAGGAAGCUUGAGGGAGGCCCUUUUUCAUUUUAUGAGUACGAAGAGGUCAGGAAAACCAGUCCUAUUCACUGGCCUGCCUAUGAUAGGGCCUUUGAACUCAUCAGACAUAAAUGCGAUGAUGCUGGGGUCACUGGAAUUGCCACAGCUAAUUACAUGCUACCGGACGAGUUUAACGACCAUCCAUACACGACACUUCUCGAUGAUGGUACCCCCAAUAGGCCGUUCACGCAUAUCAUGUAUGUGAACACCCCUGUCGAGGUAGCCCAUCAGCGUUGUAUGGAGGACGCUGAGAAGAAUCUUGCCUGGUGUUCUCUUGAUUACUUUCGCAAAUGGGCCGAUGAAGAAAUCAUUGGGCUAAAAGACACGUGUUUCGACCGGAAGAUCAUGUUCACCAUGGUGGACUCUCAUGACCUUCCGAAGAUUAUCGCCCUCAUUCACACCUUUCAGCUUGAUCGAAAUGAAGAACACAAUCAAGGCAUUGUGGAUCAGUGUGUUGACGAAGUUGUAGCUCCUUGGCAAGGGCAGGUGGAGAAGGUCCUAGUCAUGGACUGCGAUGGAGUCUUCGCACCCAAAUCUGAAGAGCAGACCUUCUGGGAAAUGUUCUAUUCUGGCGAGAGUAAUGACAAGGGACCCCGUGCCUUGCCGAUGAGACUCCCGUGGUGUGGAUUUAUUGACGAUUACAUGGAAUGCCGUCAAUUAAGCUUAGCUUACGAGCAAGCUGCUGCGUCUGUAGUUGCUCUCUAUCCCGAAAUAAGAAGCUUUCUGCAUCGUGUCUCGAAGUGUCCGCGCCUUCGCAUCAUCCUGGUGACUUCCAGACUACGCUUGCUGUGGGAAAGGGUUCUGGCGCAAGAGGGUCUCUCGCAAUCUGUCAAGAUCAUUGGCUCGGGGCCACUAUCCAACGGUUAUAUCGUCCCCCCUAAGGCUAAAGAGAAACCGAUCAAGCGCCUCAGGACCGUCCAUAACUUGCAAGUAUGGGCGUUUGGAGGCCACGGCUCAGAUGAGCAGAUGCUUCAUCGAGCACAUUAUUCGAUCAUCCUUCGCCGCCCAGAUAAUCCCGGCUAUAAUGAAUUAUGGUUAUCGGACGUGGCUUUGAGAUUGAAGAAUUCAAAGGAUUGCAUAGAUUCAACCACCUUCCAUCUGAAGGAACUCGGGGAGCCGGCCUUUUUGGAUCAACUCAUGCAACAUCAAUUUACCCUUGCCCACGCGACCCACAAGGGUGUCGCAAAGUUGCUGCAUACCAGGAUGCUGAAAUCGAUAUACUUCCCCGAUCAGCGUUUGGAGGAAAAUGUCUACAGUGAGGCUGGAUGGUAUCUUGCCAAUGAAUACAUAAGCGAGAUAGGAGGCAUUGAGGAGGCUGCUAUUGCUGUCUCCGAGGAGCCCAAAGCCACUGGCUAUCAACUUGUCCGUGAAAGCGGCAUGCUAAUUAUUCCCCUCACGGGAAGUAGUCACCAGAUGGGCGCUGGAAUUCGGGAUGUCUUUCAGAAAGCUUGCACCCUGCAGACAGAUAACCCAGAAGACAUCGAUGAUGACCAUCUACGGGAAAUAGACACUGUUGUGCUUGUGGAAGCUGUCGCGGAUAGUGCUGAUGUUAUCACGCGUUAUGUCAACCACAUCCACAGAGUGAAACCAUGCCUUCCUAUUCUCGUUGUGACCGGAAUCCUUCAAGCCGAGCUAGUUGCACCUGGUGGACCGCUGUCGUCUCUCAUUCGAGGCGGCCCCAUUACGGUGGUUGCUCUAAGUCUAGCCAAAGGCAGAGAAAUGACUACCGAAAGCUAUGUUUAUGAGACUGCUCGCAUUUCCUGA